UGGUCUUUGUGUUUCAGUUGUGUUACUUGUGUUGUUCUCCUGAUUAGUGUGUGCUCCCCAGUGUUUUCUCCCUGUCUGGUUGUGCUCCUGCCCCGCCCACACUCACCUGCUCACCUCCUCUCUCCCCCAGGUGUUUGUGAUGUAGCUCAUCAGCCUUCCCUCUAUAUUCUGUUCUUCUCCCCUGUGUUUCCCCCAAAACAUUCCUGARUGUUCCUUGUGUUUCGCCCGAGCGUCCCUGUGGAGUCUCCUCACCUGUUUAAGGCAGUCAAUAUGUGAUGACACUUCUUCAGAGCUGCAGAGAAUGGCGGCCAAUGAGAGGAGAGAUGGGAAUUCCCAAAGUUCUUUUCGAGGACGAGGGGCUUUGUCGAGGAUAGUCAGUAUGGUGAUGACUCUGAGAGAAUGGGCUCAGAAGAGUCUGGCUGAGGAGGCGGAGCGACCAGAUUCCUUUUUGGAGCGUUUUAGGGGCCCAGCCAACAUGGACAUGCAGGGCCCYCCCAGCAGGUUCAGCCACAGCCACACUGGCUCCGAUAUAGAGAAUGAAACCCAACGUUCUAGACGCACGAGGAGCAAGUGGAAAGUUGUGGUUUUAUCCCCGUCUGAUAAUAUCUACUAUCAGUGGCUGAUAGUGAUCGGGACUGCUGUGUUUUACAACUGGACCCUUCUAGUUGUCAGGUGA